GCCUCAGAGUUGUAUGUGUAGCCAGGAGCAGAUAGAUCUCUCUUUUCGUCUCAAAUUUUUCUCCUUUAUUUAAUUUUUUAAUAUAGCAAAAUUCUGAGUAAAAUUCUCUAGUCGUGAGGUGAAGAUCGAACAUAAAUAUAGAGUCUAGUUCGGCAGUAGGAUUCAAAUAUCUUUUUAUGUCUUGAAGAUACCUUUUAAAUUGUAAAAAUUUUUUAUAAACUCUAACUAAAGAUAAAAAACAAAACGGUCAACAUUUUAUAAAUCAAAACUCCAAGGAUGAGCCGUCGCGACAGCCGCAAGCGGCCACCUUGUGACCAUCAACCCCGACCCAGCGUCAACCCCACCAUUUCCACAAUGGGCAUUGCCGGCGACAUUUGUCUCCUUAAUCCCUAUGGCUUGAUGCGCCAGUGGAACUGCAAGCCGUCUUCGUUUAGUCCCGGAGAGCGUUAUCCCAGCAUCCGUCCACCUGUGUCCAGGUGCAGUCACUGCCAGACUUUAAAGUGGUUGGAAGAGUCCAUGAAGCAGGAAGGCUGCUUCAAUCCCGAGGUUGUCAACGAUGCCCUCAGGAUCUGGCGGAGCAGUCCGCACAAGAAGACGCUCGGCUACUAUGGCAUAGGCAAUCCCAACGAGAAACCCGAGGCUGAAAGCUACAACAAGUCUCUGAAGAGAAGUUUGCAGCAUACCAAGGGUGGUGUGCCGAAGGUGAAAGCCCUUCACUCGCCUUUACCAUUGCCCCUGAAGCCACCGAAGCCAGCUCCUGUUUGCCAGCCAUACAUCCUCAAUCCGCAGGCUCUGCAAGCGGAGCUCGAGAGGAUGCCCACGGUCAAGCAGAAGCUCAGGCCCAGCGAGGCCUUCUCUGCUCUGUUCUGCCGGAUGCCUAUCGAUCCCAAGGAUCCGCUGGGCGUAAACGAGGCCAGAAACAAAGCCAGGGAGCAAGCCAAAGCCAAAGAGAAGCCAGUGAAGUCCCCUAACCAUGGCAAGCACUGGUACUGCCCUCCAAAGUGUGACGGGGCGGAGAACAAGUGCACGGAUUACGAGUGGGCCAAGUACAAUUUGGACUCCAGGUCCUACGACGAGGCCUUCGAGCGGUGGUUUAAGGAACAGACUAUCGUUCAGCCGGACCAGGAGCCGCUGAACUACGAUGACCUAUACAAGCGCUUUCAGGGCUGCUUCGAGAUCAAGUCCGGGCCGGAUCCUGAAUGCCUGGCCUUGGUAGAGUGCUGUCCGGGAAUGGAAAUGCCAGGAGGAGGAUCAGCAGGUGAUGGUACAGGUGGAGGAUCAGCUGGCGGAGGAGCAGGUGGAGGAACAGCUGGAGGUGGCGCAGGCGAACACGGUGAAGAUGGUAAGGGUGGAACCGGUAGGGAUGGCCAGGGCGAUGGAGUUGGUGGAUCCCCUUCCAAAGAUGGGUUAAAGCAAAAAGGAGACCAGGAUCAGGCCGAUAAGGAUAAGGACAGGUACACGAAUGACAAAAACAAGGACAAAAACAGGGAUAAAAAUACGGACAAGGAUAAAGACACAGACAAGAACAAGGAUAAAGACACAGACAAGGACAAAAACAAGGACAAGUACGACAAAGACACAGACAAAAACAAGGACAAAAUCAGCGACAAAGACACAGGCAAGGAUAAAGACAAGGACAAGGACAAGAACACGAAUAAGGACAAGGACAAGGACAAAAUUGGAGAUACCAAGAACAACAAUGCAGACAAGGGCAAAACCAAGAACAAGGACAAGACUGGUAAGGAAGACGGCGAUGCGGACAAGGACAAGUGGGGAAAGGGCAAAAAUAAGGAUAAAACGAAAGACGGAGAAGAACUUGAUAAAAAUAAAUCCAAACCAGAGCCUGGCAAGGACAAAAAGAAGGAAGUAGAAGAAUCUGAUAAAGAUAAGUCCCAACUAAAGCCUGACAAUGACAAAAAGGAUAAAAAGAAAGGCAAGACCUCCGAAGAGCAUGCUAAAGCCAAAUCCAAACUAAAGCCUGGCCAGAAACCCGAAUUUCCCAAGGAUAUGAUCAAUGAUCUUAGGCUAACAGACGCCAGCGACAUCCCGAAUGACCGUACCAAACGUCCCUCGUCAUUGGAAGUCCCGGAAAAAGAAUCCUUAGUGGAGGAUGACAACAUGUGGACGUGGAAGCUCAGAGAGAAGCCUAAAAAGUCCCGAAGGAAGAGCAACAAGUCAAAGUCGAAGGCAAAAUCGGUGUCUCCUGUCAACGAGAAGGAUCAGGAUAAGGACAAAAAUCAGUGUCCUCCCUGUCCACCAGAAGGCUGUCCCUGUGCCAUCUGCAAAGCUGUGUAUGGCCAGCCAGUGGAGGAUAGGCCGUUUAUGAAGGAUUUGCUGCGCCAGGAGAAGGAGCGCAAGCUGCGGGAUUAUCUUCGGAACAUGCGGCAUGCGGAGUACCUCAAGUGCGGCGGCGCUCAGGGCAGGGCACCGCUGCACCGCGUGGACCCCACCACCUGCGAUGACACCUUCUCCAAUCCCAAGCUGGGCGAAUACUGCGACUGCCUGGGUGCCCUGCAGCGCCUCCAGGUUCUCCUUGACAAGCGCCGCCAUCCGUUCAUCAACAGAGAGGUCAACCUUAACCUCGCCAAGCUACGGAGUCGCAUUGUCCGGCGGUUGUGUGAGAGCAUCUAACCUCGGAGUUGGAAAGUUUUCAUACUGUGACCGUGUUAUUUUGAACUAUAUACCAGUGAACACAGUGGUGUUUGUUUUUCAUCCAAAUUUUACAAAU